UUUGUUUGUUAGGUUAGGGAGGAAAAGGAAACUGUAAACUUCACAAGUGAAAAUCUCAAACCUUCAAAACUCACCUUUUUACAUUCCAAGUCCGGUCCGCUCUAGUCUAGUCUCUCUGUAUAGUCUGUAGUGUUCCAGUUAUGUGCAUUAUAUGAAAUCCAUUCUAGUAUGAACAUGACUUGUGGCAUCAAAUUAUUUAAUAAUGGUUUCCCCUCAUUGCUUUUUGAAAGAUCUUUCAACAGAACUACUUCUAAAUAUAUUUGGCUACUUGGAUUUUCUUGAUCUAUGUAGAUUGAAGCAAACCUGUACAAGAUUCAAUGACAUAAUCAACUCUUGGGAUCAUACUCUCCUUAAAGUUACAACUAUUGUGACUAAUCAGAUGAAUCCAAAAUUUUCAACAAAGUGUAUGCAUGGAUUAUCUGCUUUGGAGAAAAUGAGGAUAGAUAAAAAUUGGACAAUUGGGAGAUACUCUGAAAAAUCUUUGUUGUAUUCAAAGAAGAAGAUCAUGCCAUGGAUUCAUAUGAACGAUCAAUUCUUGUGGUUCAGCAGAGGCAAUGAGAUUUUGUGUUUUGAAAGGAAUUACAAUGGCAUCAAUAUCCACAAACCCAGUUUUUCCCUGAAAACAGAAAGGAAUGAAGACAUAGUCAAUUUUCAACUGAAUAGUAACUUUCUAGUUUGUGGAUUGAGAGAAGGUGGAAUUUGGCUUAUAGAUUUGUGUGAAAAAUCAACAUUAUUUGAAGUAGAAAAAUGCCAUAACUCUGAUGUAACUUCAAUAGAUAUGAGUCAGAGAGGAAACCUUAUAGUUUCUGGAUCAAAGGAUAGUAUUUUGAAAAUCUGGAAACUAGAAGAGGAUCCAAAAUGGAACGCUGUGGAAUCCCACUGCCAAAUUUUACAAGACUUAAUAUGGAAAGUUUCUCUAUCAGAAGAUACAUCUAUGAUAGCUGUGGGAACAUCUGGAAAAACCAAUUCAAGUUCAAUUUUUAUUCAUGAUGUUGAGAGACCAGCUCAUCAAAUCAUUCAUCUUGGCUCUACAAAGCAUCCUGAUAAAGGUAUUUGUGACCUAAGAUGGGAUGGGGAACAAACUCUAUGGUCUUGUGGGUACAAUAGUUUCUUGAAAAGAUGGGAUAUUCGUACAGGAAAUUGUGAACAGUGUUUCACUGAUCCUCAUGGUUCAGGGCUAUACUGCAUGGAUUAUGAUUACCACAAUACCAUCAUGGUAGGGACUCAGAUGCAUGGGAGAGUCAUAUUGUGGGAUAUUCGCCAAACAAAAUUUGUACAGAUGUACUUCAUGGAAUCUUGCAAAGGAAACAGGUACCAAAGAAGUUCACCAAUUUAUAGUUUGGCAUUUGAUGCUGAAUAUCUCUUCACAGCAACAGAUCAAAAUCUCAAUGUUUUGGAUUUCUCAGUUUAUACUGGUGCUGUCAAAGAUUAUUCUUUUUGUGCCUAAGAAGUAAGAAUGUGAAUAAAAAAUCUUAAACAAGCUUACCCCAUUUAAGUUUAAU